AUGUCCUCCUCCUCCUCCCCCUCCUCAGGCUCCGCCGCGACGAACAACAAUGACGACACAACCGCGUCAAACGCCACAGCAACCAAGCAGCCGCUCCCGCUCCCCGAACCGCCCAAGGGAAGCGGUGCGACACAGCUCGCAGUCGACGGUGAGGGCGUAAAGCUCGACCACCUUGGCCCUCUAGUGGUCAACGUGGACGGCACAAUGAGCCGCAUCGGCAACUGGGACAAGAUGGCGCCCAUCGAGCGCGAGAACACGCUGCGCAUCAUCGGCAAGCGCAACCAGGCAAGGCUCGCGACGCUGCGGGCUGCGGCGGAAAAGGUCGCUGCUACGGCGAGCGACAGCAGCAGCGACACCACCACGACAGAGAAGAAAUGA